AUGCAGAUCUUCGUCAAGACCCUCACGGGUAAGACUAUCACCCUUGAGGUGGAGUCGUCGGAUACCAUCGACAAUGUCAAGUCCAAGAUCCAGGACAAGGAGGGAAUCCCCCCUGACCAGCAGCGUCUGAUCUUCGCUGGUAAGCAGCUGGAGGACGGCCGUACUCUUUCGGACUACAACAUCCAGAAGGAGUCGACCCUCCACCUGGUGCUGCGCCUGCGUGGUGGUGGUAAGAAGAGAAAGAAGAAGGUGUACACCACCCCCAAGAAGAUCAAGCACAAGCGCAAGAAGACCAAGCUCGCCGUCCUUAAGUACUACAAGGUCGACGGUGACGGCAAGAUCGAGCGUCUCCGCCGCGAGUGCCCCGCCCCCGAGUGUGGCGCUGGUGUCUUCAUGGCCGCUAUGCACAACCGCCAGUACUGCGGCAAGUGCCACCUCACCUACGUCUUCGACGAGUCCAAAUAA